AUGUUUUACCAGAACCACAGUCCCGAUGUUGUAAGGAAAGGGAAUGUGAUGGAGUAUUACAGCAAUGGAUUUUGCAGAGGAAGCAAUGAAGAAAGGACACUCAAGGUCACCUUGCUUGGAUAUAAGGUCAUGGAGGAAAAGACAAAGUUUACAGUCUACAAGAUCUUAGUGAAGCGGACGCCAGAAGAGAGCUGGCACAUUUUUAGACGAUACACAGACUUUUCUCGACUACAUGACAAGCUCAAGGAGGUGUUUCCUUCGGUUAACUUUGAGCUACCACCCAAGCGUUGGUUCAAGAACUUCAGCGCUGAAUUUCUAGAAGAGAGACAACUGGGCCUACAAAACUUUCUACAAAACCUGAUUGCUCAUAAAGAUGUGAGAAAUAGUGAGGCAGUCAGAGAAUUCCUAUGUCUGGAUGACCCACCCACUGCUUUUGACGAUAUUAGAGAGAGAUGGGCCUUCUGUGAGACACUGGGAGGGACCAACUGUUGCCUUCAAAGAGACUUAAUGGACGACGAGAGAGAGACUGAGUCCCUGAGAAAUGUCCUGCUGCACAAAGAACUCCAAAUUAGCCAGCCUGAGAGAACAAAGAAUGGCAUGUAUCGAACCCAAGAGAAGCUGAACAGAGAGCCCAGAGACGUUUUAACAGCACAUGAAUAUAAAGAAGUGGAGAGAGAUGCCCUCAGGAGACCAAAUAAAAGUUCUGAAGUGGGGCUCAUAAGGAGUCAUGGUGCGUGCUGGUGCGGAUCAGCAACUGACAGUCCAGAAAAGCACAGUUCCAAGAACCCCAUCAAAUAA